AUGUCGUAUGAAAGACGCACCGGGAAACAUGAUGCCCAUCAUCAUCGAGUUCGAAUAGCCACGCAUCCGAUUUUUCGGGACUUUGUUCUUGAUGCUGGCCUUGAAUUUUUUAGCAUUGGAGGAGAUCCUGAACAGUUGAUGGCUUUCAUGGUUCGGAAUCCUAACCUAGUCCCCGCUUUCAGCACCAUCCGCAGCGGUGCUAUUCAAAGACGACGACGCGAGAUGAGAGAGAUCAUUGACAGUUGUUGGAAGUCGUGCUUUGAGUCUGAUUAUGGACACCCAUUUGUCGCAGAUGCGAUCAUAGCCAACCCCCCUAGCCUGGCCAUAUCCAUUGUGUACAACGACUUGGCAUUCCUCUCUACAUUAUGUUUACGUGGGUUUGUUCCAAUCACGUCAAAAGUUAUGCAAAUGAACGGCCAACUUAUCUAUUCUUAUGGUAUGCCUUGGUCACCAACUCAGUCAUUUCCGCGUCCACUGUCUAUCACACACCCAGAGCACUGCAAAGAAACCACUGCGAACUUCAUCUCAUAUGCGAGCGUAGAUAUGAUGACAUUAUCACUUGAUCCCUUGGACCGAAUAAUCGCCCCAAGCGUGAUACAUCGAUUACAGGUGCCAUGUGCCUAUCUUUGGUCACCCUCAUUGCUUGACAAACUUCCGGAUUGGCCUUAUAAUAUUGACGUUUACUACAAGCCACCAGCUGAUUUAGAAGCUUUCCUUAAAGUAGGCCCAAAGCCGAUAUAUAUCGGAUUUGGCUCUAUCGUGGUGGAUAAUCCAACAAAACUCACAAAAUCUGGACAACGUGCUUUGAUUUCCAAAGGCUGGGAAACAUUUGGGAGCACUAUUGAUAUCCCCGAUAAUAUUCUUAUUGUCGGAAGCUUACCUCACGACUGGCUUUUCCAACAGGUUUUGUGCAUUGUGCAUUAUGGCGGAGCUGGAACUACAGCUGCUGGACUUGCACUAGGAUGCCCGACUGUGAUUGCGUCCUUCUUUGGCGACCGGCGAUUCUGGGGGAGGUUCGUUGCAAAAUCAGAAGCUGGUCCAAAGUCAAUCCCUUAUAAGAAACUGACAGCGGAAAACUUGACUGAAGCCCUUCAAUUUGCAUUGUUGUCAUCAACAAAAGAAAAAGCACAGAUAGUCGGGGGAAACAUCCAGAAAAAAUUGGGGGCAAGGGAUGCUGUACGUAGCUUUCAUCGACACCUUGAUCCAGAAUCAUUACGAUGUGCCAUCUGUCCCUCUCGUCCGGCAGCAUGGUAUACCAAGGACACAAAGAUUGGUUUUUGUGCUUUUGCUGUAGCUGUCUUGGUCAGUAAGGGUAAGCUCAAGCCUAAGGCUGUGGUUCUCCAUCGCUCUAAAGAAUAUGAAACCUAUCGUGAUUCGACAGGACCAGUUAGCGCUACCAUUGCGAACUUCAUUACUGGCAUUGCGAGUGUCCCGGCAGAUAUUGUUGCUAACAUGAUUUCCGCAAACCACGGUAUAAGCCACCCCCAUGUGCACAGUGAUUCUCUAUAUCAAUGUGGUUGUCCCAGUCACGAAGCAUUAUGGGCUGACGGCGGACGUGCCGAAAACGAAGAGGGACCUGGGCUCCUGGAUGAGGGUGGACAUAUCGAUGCAAACAUAUAUGAGAAUGGGCAGCAUGAGAGGAACUCCUUGCCCGAGUCAAUUAAUGAGCAGGAUGGAGACAUGCUGCCUCAACAAAAGCAGACUAUGAGCAGCAUGAAUUCGGCGAUUGGAUUUCGAGGUUUCAUGUCAGAGGCAGCGCUGCAUGGCAUGAGAGGGUUAAAAAGAUUCUUCGACGUCGUCGUCUGGCUACUAACAGACCUUACGCUCAGCAUGACAAAGGGUUUUACAAUUCCGAAAGUGACCGGGUUUCGAAGUGGGCUAAGGGCUGCCAGAACCAAAUUCAAGGACGGUUUCUACCAUGGUAUCACAGUGCUCGCCACUCAGCCCAGUCAUGGCCUCAAAGCCGACGGAGAGAAGGGGUUGGCCAAGAGAGUAGGAAAAGGCAUCGGCCUAUGGGGGCUAGCAGGAUAUCCUUUGAGCGGCCUGUGCAAGAAGCUUCUCAAGUCGCUAGGCAAAGAUAUAGAAAGACACAUUAUUCAGGCACGGAUUGCCCAGGGCCAUGAAGAGUUACAAGCAUCGUCAACCGAGGAGAAAGCUGAGGUGGUCGAUAAGUGGGCUCUCAUCGAAGCGGAACAACGAGAACCAGCUCUACUGCCUUAUUAG